AUGACAUCAAAUGUAAAAAAGGAAAUAACAAAUCUAAUGAAUACUGAAAUUCCUAUAAAUCCAAUCAAUUUUUAUUCACAAAACAUUGUUGAAAAUGGUGAUAAUGACAAUGAAACAGAAGGACAUCAUGAUUUAGAUGUUGUGCUUGAAAAUGAAAUAAUAAAUACUCAGGGUCAAGGUGGAUAUCAUAGUAUAAAGAGAAUUUUAACAUUUGUAAUUAAAAUGUUAAUUAAUCAAAAAGUACUUGAUUAUUCUUUGGAUGACAAGAUACAUAUUAGAGUAUCAGGAGAUGGAAGAAAUGUUGCUUGUUUAGCCUGA